ACCUCUCUCUCUCUCUCUCUCUCUCUCCUAAUUUACAAUAAGGCGGCGGCUUGGGCACCUCCCUCCACCGCCUCUCACCACCUCCUCCUUUUGUUUACCCCAGCUCUCUACAUAUACAUACAGUCACAUACGUACGUAUACUGUAUUACACCUUCAAUGGCGCAAUUCUACUUGCACGUUCUCCUUCUGACGCUCUCAAGUUUCCUUCUAUCAAGUAAAAUUUAUUCAGCGUCAACAUUUACAAUUGUAAACAAGUGUGAGUUCACAGUUUGGCCAGGCAUUUUAUCAAACGCCGGAAUUGCGCCACUUCCCACCACAGGUUUUGCUCUGCAAAAGGGUGAGACGAGGACAAUUGACGCGCCUUCUUCAUGGGGCGGCCGAUUAUGGGGUAGGACUCUAUGCAGAGAGGACUCCACCGGAAAAUUCUCCUGCGUCACAGGUGAUUGUGGCUCAGGAAAAAUGGAAUGCGCCGGUGGUGGUGCCGCUCCACCUGCAACUCUUGCGGAGUUCACGCUCGACGGUUCAGGCGGAAUGGACUUCUACGACGUCAGCCUGGUCGACGGGUACAACGUUCCGAUGCUGGUGGUACCACAGGGUGGCUCCGGAGCUAAUUGUACUACUACUGGAUGCGUGGUGGAUUUGAACGGCGCAUGUCCGUCAGAGCUCAGAGUUACAAGCAGCGACGGCGACCACGUCGCUUGCAAAAGCGCUUGUGAGGCAUUCGGACAAGAGCAAUACUGUUGCAGCGGCGCCUACGGCACACCCGACACCUGUAAACCCUCGUCAUACUCGCAAGUUUUCAAAAGCGCGUGUCCACGCGCAUACAGUUAUGCGUAUGAUGAUAAGACAAGUACGUUCACAUGUGCCGGGGCCGAUUAUAUCGUAACGUUCUGUCCGGCACCAAACACGAGUCAAAAGAAAUCGGACGGGCAAGCCCCAGGCAACGGCACGAUGGUAUACGAGGGAGCAUUCGAUGCAAGCGGUGCCCGAUCGACACACACUCAGCCACCGGCCUUGGCUGGAGCCAUCGCUAUCCUGGCGGCAAUGUGGCAGUUGCGUCGGCUCUUAUAAUUUCUUUCUGUUGACAUCGUUUCAAUUCUUUUUUCAAGAUGGACCCAUCAAGCUUGUCGGAAUUUGGGCCAUGAAGAAAAUUUUAGGGCCCAUGUGACGAGGAAUUGAGUCAUUAAGGAAACAAUUAGACACGAGUUAGGAUUGAAGUUGAGAGAGUUAUAGGUAGUGGUGAGAUUUAUUUUUUUCCUAGUAAUAUUUUUAGUUUCAUUUUAUUUUUAAAUUAAGAUUGGCGGGGGAGAUUCGUUUAUUAGGUUGGCAAAAUCAGUAUGAAUUCACUGGCGAUAUAUUUGUUAUGCAGUUACUUACAGCUUCUUGAUAGUAAAAUGAGACGACUCCAGCUUC